CUCUCAAGUCUCAACCACUUAAAACGUCGCCGUCACGCCCUUCACAGCUUCUUCAAGUCUGAUCUAUUAUUUUACGGGAAAUGAAAACCUAGAUUUUUAGGGAAUUUUCAGAGACAAUGGUAGGGACAAAUUCACUGGUGGGUUUGCAAGAUCACUUGAAGCUAGCGAGAGAGUACGCUCUCGAAGGACUCUACGACACUUCAAUUAUCUUCUUCGAUGGCGCCAUUGCUCAGAUCAACAAGCACUUAAACACGCUUGAUGACCCAUUAGUACGUGCAAAAUGGAUGAAUGUGAAGAAGGCCCUUUCUGAGGAAACAGAGGUUGUGAAGCAGUUGGAUGCUGAGAGAAGGUCGUUCAAGGAAAUUCCUGGGGGCAGACGCCCUUCUUCGCCACCUAUUCAUGCUAAAUCAUCGUUUGUUUUCCAACCAUUAGACGAGUACCCUACUUCCUCAGGUGGCCCAAUUGAUGAUCCUGAUGUGUGGAGGCCACCUAGUCGGGACACUACAAGUAGGAGACCUGCAAGGGCUGGUCAAGUUGGUAUGAGGAAAUCACCCCAGGAUGGGGCUUGGGCUCGUGGUGCUACUAACAGAACUGGUACAACUGGUCGUGGUGGAAAGACAGCUGGUUCUAGUCGGGGUAACUCAGGAGUUCGAGCAUCAACCACUGGAAAGAAAAGCACUACUACAGGAAAAUCUAGCAAGACAGAUUCAGCAAAUGGUGACUCUGAAGAUGGAAAACCAAAGAAGCUUCAGUAUGAGGGACCUGAUCCAGAUCUGGCUGCAAUGCUUGAAAGGGAUGUCUUGGAAACCACUCCUGGAGUGCGGUGGGAUGAUGUUGCUGGUCUGACUGAAGCAAAGAGACUUCUAGAGGAAGCUGUUGUGCUUCCUUUGUGGAUGCCUGAAUAUUUUCAGGGAAUUAGGAGACCGUGGAAAGGUGUGCUUAUGUUUGGUCCACCUGGAACAGGAAAGACGCUUCUGGCUAAAGCAGUUGCUACUGAGUGUGGCACCACUUUUUUCAAUGUAUCUUCUGCUACAUUAGCCUCAAAAUGGCGUGGAGAGAGUGAACGCAUGGUGCGGUGCUUGUUUGAUCUGGCAAGAGCUUAUGCACCAAGCACAAUAUUUAUUGAUGAGAUUGAUUCUCUUUGUAAUGCUCGAGGUGCGUCAGGUGAGCAUGAAUCAUCCAGACGGGUGAAAUCUGAACUUCUAGUUCAGGUGGAUGGUGUAAGUAAUUCAGGCACUAAUGAGGAUGGCAGCCGUAAAAUUGUGAUGGUUUUGGCAGCAACUAAUUUCCCAUGGGACAUAGAUGAGGCUCUGAGGAGGAGGCUGGAAAAGCGUAUAUAUAUUCCUCUUCCUAGUUUUGAGAGUCGUAAGGAGCUUAUUCGGAUUAAUUUGAAAACUGUUGAGGUGGCCCAAGAUGUAGACAUUGAUGAAGUGGCUCGUCGAACAGAGGGAUACAGUGGAGAUGAUUUGACAAAUGUUUGCCGUGAUGCAUCCUUGAAUGGCAUGAGACGCAAAAUAGCAGGAAAGACUCGUGAUGAGAUUAAGAGCAUGCCUAAGGAUGAGAUUUCAAAGGACCCUGUUGCCAUGUGUGACUUUGAAGAAGCGUUAACAAAGGUACAACGAAGUGUCUCUCAAUCUGAUAUUGAAAAGCAUGAGAAGUGGUUUCAAGAAUUUGGAUCAGCAUAAGGAAGAUAAAAAAGGAUUGUCGAAGUGGAUUCAUUUUUUGUUGUCCCGGUAUCUAUUUGCUGGGUUCUUGUUUCUUCUGAUGUUUUCCGGCUGCUUUCACUCGUGUGAUGAUUGAUUGAUUCGUUAUAUAAAUGAAGUGUUUUUCUAAUGUCUCAUAUUUUUGUGUUAUCUUCAUCUUUCAUAUGUAACCUCACCUAAUGUAAUGUAACAUGGAGAUGUCUGCUAUCAGUAAACCUAAACUCCCAUUUUAA